UGCAAGUCUCUUAGAGAAACAUGAGCUUUUACUCACUAAGUGGUUCUGUAACUCUCCUUGGGUUUUUCCUCUGUAUAUCAGAGGUAGAGAGCAUGAGGACACUGAACAAUGUAGCUGUAAAAAGUGGAGGAUCUGUCACUAUUCCAUGUCUUUAUGAUGAGAAGUACAAAGCACACAGUAAAUACUGGUGCAAAGGGUACUAUUGGUCUACCUGCAGUAUCGUAGCCUAUGCAAACUCAAGAGGAAAUCCAUCAGUUAUUGAUCAUCCAGAGCAGAAUUUGUUGACGGUGGAACUGAACUCUGUCUCUGAGUCUGGAACGGGUUGGUGUGCUGUAGAUAUUGGGGAUAAAUGGCAGCAGGAUGACCGUGAUUAUUUGUACCUGACGGUUAGUCAAGAUCCUGAUCUGUCAGUGAGGGAGAGCAGAGUGAGAGGUGAGGAAGGAGGCAGCGUCACAGUCCAGUGUCUCUACAGUGCUGCGUAUCAGAAUACACAGAAGCAGUGGUGCAGAUUUAAAGAUGAACAAUGCAACACAGUGAGGACUAAAACAUUCCGCUAUUCAUCAGUGUACAUCAGUGAUGAUGGGAGAAGAUCCUUCAGUGUGAAGAUGAGCAGACUGAAGAAGAGUGAUACUGGAUGGUACUGGUGCAGUGCAGGAGAUCUGCAGGUUCCUGUUCACAUCAGUGUCAGUGAUCCACCUCCAGUCACUACAUCAAUGGCAACAGUGACUACAAACACUCAUGAAGACAAUACGUGCAUAUCUGACUCAAAGCACAAUUCAGUGUUUGUGACAUCAGCUCCCAGCAGUGUUGAAAACAUGUAAGUGCUAAAACACCUU